CUUCACCCCUGCCUUCUCUCCCUUCUCCGUCCAGGCCCUGGUGCCCGAGCGUUCUCGUGCGGCAAGUGGGCGCCGCCGCCGGACUACGCCAGGUGCCCAGUUCCUCGUCGGGUCCUUCGUCGACGACGAGCACCCACCAGUUAUGCCCUUUCUCUUCCCUUCUUGCUGUGCGAAACCCAGCACCAUCCGAACCCUAACUUGAGCUAUCUGGCUAUUUGCAUCCGGAUCUGAUCUAAUUACCAAGCGUGUACAUACAUACUACUAACUUCGAUUUUUUUUUUGGGAAAAAUAUUGGAACAUCCGUGUCCUUUACCGGGUUCCCCCCUAUAGAAAAUUCGAGUAUUAGACUCUACAUGUCAAGAAAGUAUGGCGCCAGGAAGCAAGGCGGAGCGGAAAGCAGCACUAGAUGCUGGCGCAUGGAUGUUCAAUGUCGUCACAUCUGUUGGUAUCAUCAUGGUCAACAAAGGCUUAAUGGCGACUCAUGGCUUUAGUUUUGCUACAACACUGACUGGACUUCAUUUUGCAAUGACAACCUUGAUGACGUUAGUAAUGAAAUGGCUGGGAUAUAUUCAGCCAUCUUAUUUACCAUUACCAGAACUAGUAAAGUUUGCCUUUUUUGCAAACCUGUCGAUCGUCGGAAUGAACGUUAGUUUGAUGUGGAACUCUGUUGGAUUCUAUCAGAUCGCGAAGUUGUGUAUCAUUCCAGUCUUAUGCAUUCUGGAAAUCAUAUUCGACAAAGUUCGUUACUCAAGAGAUACAAAGCUCAGUAUAGUGCUUGUCCUCAUAGGUGUUGCUGUGUGUACUGUGACUGAUGUUAGCGUGAACUCUCAAGGGCUAUUAGCUGCAGUAAUAGCUGUUUGGAGCACAGCACUACAACAACAUUAUGUUCACCAUCUUCAAUGGAAGUACUCGCUUGGCUCAUUCAAUCUCUUAGGCCAUACUGCUCCAGCGCAGGCAGCAUCAUUGUUAAUAGUGGGGCCUUUUGUGGACUUCUGGCUGACUAACAAAAGAGUUGAUGCUUUUAACUACACAUCAAUAGUUACGUUCUUUAUCGUGUUGUCGUGCAUAAUUGCCGUUGGGACGAAUCUAAGCCAAUUCAUAUGCAUCGGAAGAUUCACAGCCGUCUCGUUCCAAGUCCUAGGCCACAUGAAGACAGUUCUGGUGUUGACCUUGGGGUUCCUUUUCUUUGGGAAAGAGGGGCUCAACUUCCAUGUCGCCCUUGGCAUGCUUCUGGCUGUGAUCGGCAUGAUCUGGUACGGGAACGCGUCGUCGAAAUCUGGAGGCAAAGAGCGGCAGGUCUACCCCACACCGAGCGAGAAGAGUCAGAAGCAUGGGGCGCUGUCAUCGCAGUCCGAGCUCGAUCAAAAGGUCUAAACGAGACACACAAAGGCAUCCGAUGCUUGUUGAGCACCGGUCGACCUGGCUUUAUUUUUAGUACUUAUUUUUGAGGGAUGAGAUGUUUCUAUAGGAUUGUAGGUGGGGCCAUAGCAGAAAGAGGGUGCCUGGGUAAAAUGCCCAUGAGUUUACUUUUGCAGUGAGUAUGUCAAUCUAAGCUGGCAGAUACUUGAUUUGUAAUAGUCUUUGUGUGUGUUUCGCUCUUCAUGUGGCAUGUUCAGUUUGAUCUAUAGUUGUAUCUUUCACUUUCACACUGAAAUUGAAAAGUAAAGCGCAAAUUUCCUUGU